CGGACGAGAGUCUGCGGAGAUGUGCUGGAGCCGAACGUGCAUGGGACCUCCGAGGAGAGCAUGUGUCUGAACCUGAAGUCAACUUGGGACAUUAGUCAGCCUUCGGGAGACGGGCGGCAUCGCUUCUUACCUCGACGAGAGAUUGCGAGCGCGGAAUGUAUGUCGGCGGUCGUUCCCCGCGACUGAAGCGAGAAAUUUGCAGUGCAGAAGUUGGACUGCUACUUGUUAAUCUCCUGGACUGCUGAAGGGGAAGCGACGCUCACUCCAAAGCAGAAAUGGAUGUGUUUGGGGGUGCGCCGCGUUUCUUUGCCUACCCGCGGCCUGUGGUGGUGCAAAGUGGAACUGAUGCAGUCCUAAAGUGUCAAAUCGGUGGCGAUCCAAGGCCUGCAGUCAUCUGGGAGCGAAACAAUGAAAAGAUUGACCCACAGGGGCAAUACCGGAUCUUCGAGGAUGGCAACGUGUACAACCUCAUCAUUUCGGCGGCGACCGCAGAGGACAGUGGCCAGUACAUGUGCAAAGCCAAGAACAGCAUCGGGGAAACGUACGCAGCGGCCACGCUGAAGGUGGAAGGCGAAGAGCAAGAGAUGGAGGUGCGAGAGGAGAACAAACCGCUGUUCCUCAUCAAGCCCCUCUCCACCCGAGCCGGCCGUGGGAACGACGCCGUCUUCUCUUGUAAGCUCUGGGGGAACCCACAACCAGAGGUGGUCUGGGAAAAGGACGGCAGGAAGCUCAAUGAAAUAUUCGAAAGCACGCAUUUCAACGUGGGCUUCCAGGACGGCGGAUGGUUCCAGCUCAAGAUCUUUAAGACUCGCGCUCCGGACGGCGGCGUGUAUACAUGCAAAGCCAGGAAUAAGUUUGGGGAAGCGUUAGCCGGAGCGGUGCUGCUGGUUGACGCCGGCCCGGGACGCGAGGACGAGGCGAACCGUAACGGCUACACGAAUGGACACUGGAAAGGCCACCAGGGAAAGCAGAGGAGCGGGAGGCAGGUGGCAAACCGGCUCAAGGACGACACCAAGUCCACCGCGGUGAAAAUGUUUGCGGUGACGGAGGGAAAACAUGCCAAAUUCCGCUGCUUUGUGACUGGGAAACCCAAACCGGAAAUCAUUUGGAGGAAAGACGGCAGGAUGAUGCUGUCCGGAAGGCGCUACUUGUUGUACGAGGACAGAGAAGGAUACUUCACACUUAAAGUGUUGUACUGUAAGCAAAAGGAUAACGGAGUUUAUGUUUGCGCUGCCUCAAAUACCGCCGGGCAAACCCUCAGCGCCGUACACCUCUCCGUAAAGGAGCCGCCUGUGCGGUUCAAGCAGCCUCUCAGUGAUCUCGAAGUGUGGGAGCAAGAUCUGGCUGUUCUCGAGUGUGAAGUUCCAGAGGACUCUGUUCCCAUCACGUGGUAUCUGGAGGACAGACGGCUGCAGCCAGGGGACAAAUAUGGAAUGGAGGAGUGGGGGACAAAACGCCGACUAACUAUCCGUGACAUCGGAGUCGACGAUGAUGGGAUUUACCUCUGCGAGAUGCCCGACGGGGGCCGAAGCAUUGCAGAGGUAGCUGUGAAAGGGACAAUUUUGCGGAAGCUUCCGAGAAAAGUGGACGUAUUGGAAGGUGAAAAUGCCGCCUUUUGUGUUGAAGUGGAAAAAGAAGAAAUGGACAUACAUUGGUACAAAGAUGCCGUCGAGCUGCGUGAAACGCAUCAGACCAUCCUUAAGUCCUUCGGCCGAACUCACAUCCUGGUUUUCGUCAAUACAAUGCCCCAAGACUCUGGCCUUGUGACUUUCCUCGUCGGCAGAUCGAAGACUUCCUCUCAGCUGAGAGUGAAAGCGGCCAGACAUUCACCUCCCAGUUGUCCGGUGGGUGUGCAGAUCAACACAGAGCAUGCUAAUGCAGCUCUUCUCUCAUGGCUUCCUGCUCAGGACACUCGAAAGAACCCCCCAUCUGGAUAUGUGCUCGAACGACAGGAAAUGGGCACAGGCUCCCAAGAGUGGCUACAGUGUCUGACCACUGACUCGGCAACCUCUGUGGAGAUCCUUGGCGACAGCGUACCAUGUGAAGCCGAUUAUCGAUUCCGCAUCUGCAGUGUGAACAAAUAUGGAAAGAGCAACAAUGUUGAGUUCCCUAAAGCUGCUCAUUUGGUUCCAGUUACCAGAAUCCAAGCUCCUUUACAGGAUGCCUUGGUGCCCGAGGGGCAAGACGCCCUCUUCUCUAUUGAGCUCUCCGCUUCAGUUAUCGGUACAUGGUUUUUAAACGGCACUCAGGUCCAAGAAGAGGAGCGUUAUUCCAUGCGCAGGUCACGAACACACCAAUCUCUUCGCAUUCGAGGAGUUCGUGAAGCAGAAAAUGGAGCCGAGAUCACGUUUAUUGCCUAUGGCAUCCGUGAUUCUGCCGCACUGUACAUUCAAGCUCCUCUUGUCAAGUUUUCGUUCAUGUCAGAAAUGGAUCGAAACAAAUUUGUCGAAAUUGGGAACCCCAUUGUGCUCUAUUGUGAGCUGUCAGACCCGGCAACUCCAGUGCACUGGUACAAGAAUGGGGUGAAAAUACAAACUCUGGAGGGUCAGCAUAUCCAAUCAGAGGGCACCAUGAGAAGAAUUGUCAUCCAAUCAGCAGAGUUCUCACACUCUGGAGUGUAUUGCUGCGAUGCCAUUGAUGACGUCAUCAGGUUCAACGUGGAAGUAGAGGCCCCACCCGUGAGGUUUUCAGCUAUUCCAGAUGCCGAGAGGAACAAAACCAUCGAAACUGGCUCUCCCAUUGCUUUACGCUGUGAGCUGUCAGAUCCCUCUGCUCAGGUGCACUGGUACAAAGACGGCUCAAAGCUUCAACCUCAAACUGGAGUCGAUAUUCUCACUGACGGCUUGGCCAGAAAACUGAUUGUCCAUUCGGCAGAAUCUUUCCACUCUGGGUUAUACUGCUGCAAGACAAAGGGUGACGCCAUCACGUUCAGUGUGGACGUCAAAGCUCCACCUGUGAAGUUCUCAGCAAUUCCUGAGGAUAUGAGGACCAAGUGGAUCGACGCAGGAUGCCCCGUCGCACUCCAGUGUGCGGUGUCGGAUCCUGAGGCCGACGUUUGCUGGCACAAGGAUGAGGUGCAGCUCAUUGCAAACUCUGGUUUAGAAAUCCACUCGGAGGGCAACACAAGGACAUUAGUGGUUCAGUCUGCAGAGCUGUGCCACUCUGGUGUGUACAGAUGCAGCACACAGGAUGAUACCCUGGAGUUUCAAGUGGAGAUCAAAGCUAUCCCAGUGACGUACUCUACUGUCUUUGACGUUGAGAGAACCAAGUCACUUGAAGAAGGAAAACCUUUGGAGCUGGAAUGUGAGGUUGACGACCCCACUGUGCCCGUCUGCUGGUAUAAAGAUGGUGUGAAGCUCACCCCGCAGAAUGACUGGGAUAUACAGAGUUACGGCACAAUGAGGAGACUCAUUAUCCCAGCUGCUGAGCUCUCGCACUCAGGGCUAUACAUCUGUGAAACCUCUGAUGACACUAUUCACUUCACUGUGGAUAUCAAAGCUCCAACGCUGCCGUUGUCGCCCUCGCCAGAGGUGGUGGAGACGCAGUCACUUGAAGCAACCUGCCCACCUGAGCCAACAUGUGACACCUCAGACCCUGCUGUCCAGGUGUCACUGCAGAGGGACGAAGAACAUCAUUCUUAUAAAAAGCCUAAUCUCGAAACGGGAGGCAUCAAGAAGACCCUUGUUAUUGAACCAACUCACCCUUCAAACUCCGGAGCAUACUAUUGCGCAACAGCAGAUGAUGUCGCCCAAUUAAUAGUAAACAACCAAGCGCCACCUCCUGCCUAUCUGCUUGGUCCUGAUGUUGAGAAGUCUGAGUCUUCUGAAACGGACUGCCAAAUUGUUCAGCAAUUUGAGAUUUCAGAUCCCAUUGCCAAAGCCUCUUGGUACAAAGAUGGAACACAAAUCUACCCAAAAAUGGAAGCCGACUGUGAAUCACAGGGCAGCAGCCAAACUGUGCCCCUCCAGUCCAAUGACUUGCCUGGUGAUGGGAGGUUUGGCUGUGAAACAUCUGGUGAAGAACAGUUAAAUGCGGACAUGAAAGCAAAGCAGUGUCACUAUGGUCACAAGAUUGGCGAGAUAGCUGAUGCAUCUGGCCAAUACACUGUUGGUGUCAAAGCUACAUCGGCAAGGCUCUCUUCUGACCAAGAAAAGAAGACUACUGAAGAGGAUUAUCCCGUUGACGUUGACUGCAUGUCCUCAAAAUGCAAUUCUGGCACCUUCUAUGGCAAUACGCAGAAAGAUGAAGAACAUUCCAGGCGUAUCCCAACAUCUCAGUCAACAUGUGAAGAUAUGACUGACUGGAUUACAACUAAACCGCCAAAGGAACUCUCUGACAAUCAGCAAACAACAGAUACCCAAUCUACAGUUUACAGUAACUCUGUAAAGCCAACAAUAAUACAAUCUGACACACACCAUCACACUAAUAAUACCACAGAAUCACAAGGUGAGGAAUUAACUUACUAUCUUCAGCAUGCAAAGGCUACAACUGAAGAGCUGGAUAAUUGCCCGCAGACAGAUGAGUUCUGCACUUUUCUUCAAACUGCAGCUGUUGAAUCAGAAGAAUCUGCUCUCAAGACUCUAAUUGCCCAAUCAGAAAAGUUAAAAAGCUCAUUACAGAUGCCAACUGCCCAUUCAGAUCCAGGUGAUCCACUACAUACUUUAACUACCCAGUCACAACACCUUGAUAACCACUUACAGAUUUCAACAGUCAUAUCAAACAAGUUAUGUAACUCCUUAAAAACAACAUCUCUGCAGUCACAAGACCCCAUUAAAUCCUCACAAACUGCAACUGUCCAAUCAGACGAGUCCUUUAAAUCCACACAUACUACAAGUGUACAAUCAGAAGAGCCCUUUAAAUGUCCCCAACCUGCAACUGUCCAAUCAGAUGAGCUCUGUAGCUCCAUCCAGAUGCCAGCUGUCCUGUCAAAAAAGCUUUUUGAUCGCUUACAAACUGCAAGUUUCCAUUCAGAGGGGCCCUGUACCUCCUUCAAGACUGCAACUGUCCAAUCAGAGGAGCACUUUAAAUCUUCACGAACGGAAACUGCCCAAUCAGAAGAGCCCUCUAAAUCCACAGAUACAACUGUCCAAUCAGAAGAGCCCUCUAAAACAUCAAAAACAGCAACUGUCAAAUCAGGGAAGCCUUUUAAAUCUUCACGUUUUGAGACUGUCCAAUCAAAAAAGCCUUUUAAAUCUUUAAAAACUGCACUUGUCCAAACAGAUAAGCUCUGCAGCGCCAUACAGAUGCCAGUGGUCCAUUCAGAGGGGUUCUGUCACUCCUUAACUGACCAAUCAGUUGAGUUUAACAGAAACCAACAGACAUCAACUGACCAUUCAAAGAAGCUCAAUGACUUAUGUAACACUGUACACCCUCAAUCGUUGGACUCUAAUGAUGCAGCAAUGGUCAAACCAAGAAAGGACCACAACUUGCGACAGUCUGCGCGUGCUCGACUGGAUGACAUCGAUCACACAGGACAGACAGUACCUGACCAUGCAGAAGGGCUGUAUCUGUCCAGAGAGGCCCAACCAGGCCCUGCAGAGUGUCAUCACACCACGAAGCCUUCAGAAGACCAAGUAGACAGCAGAGUUAACUCUGGGCAAAGACCCUCUACCCAGUGUGCAGAGACUCACUAUAUCGAGCAGGCUCCUACUGUCCAAUCAGAAGAGAUCUAUCUAUCACGGACAUGUGACAGUCACUGGAGUGACAGUGUCACUGCAAAUAAGUUGGCUGUUGAAGCUCCACCUGUGAGAAUUACAGCACUUUGUGACGCUGAGAAGAACAAGUCUGUUGAAGUUGAUGAACCAAUAAUGCUGCGAUGCGAGAUAUCAGAUCCUAACGCUCAAGUUAAGUGGUACAAGGAUGGAAUAACUCUACGAGAAGCCGCUGGGCAAGACAUGCUGGCAGAGGGUUCCAUAAGAACACUGGCUUUCCAGUCAGCGAUGCCGUCUCAUGCAGGGAUUUACAGCUGCAAGACAACAGAUGAUGCAAUGCAGUUUCAUGUGGAUGUAAAAGUUCCACUUCUGAAGUUUUCAGCUUUAUCUGAGGGUGACCAGCAAAAGACGGUCAUGGCAGGCUUUCCCAUUGUUCUACAAUGUGAGCUGUCAGAGUCCACGGGACAGGUCAGUUGGUACAAGGAUGGAACAAAGCUCCUCCCUCAAAACGAAGUGGACAUCCAGUCAGAAGGAAAUUUGAGGAGUCUAGUUGUCCAAUCAGCAGAGCGGGCUCACAGUGGCGUAUAUCGUUGUGAGUCAAAGGAUGAUGACGUCCAGUUCGCUGUGGAAGUAACAGCACUGCCUGUGAAGUUCUCAGAGCUUCCAGAGACGGACAAGAGCAAGUCCGUCCAAGAAGGUUCGACAAUUGUCCUCAGCUGUGAAAUCUCUCACAAUCCAUCUGCUUAUGUGGACUGGUACAAGGAUGGGUUGAAACUCCUACCACAAAACAAAAUGGAAAUACAGUCAGAUGGUCUUACAAGGACCCUACUCAUCCACUCUGCUGAACACAUAGACGGUGGCACCUAUGAAUGUUCAACAGCUGAUGACACCAUCACAUUUAAAGUGGACUUAGAAGGCCGGUCGCCACAGAUCAUGCCAAUCCCACUGUCUGAAAAGUACAAGAUGAUUGCAAUGGGUUGUCCAAUUAUCCUUCAGUGUGAGGUCUCAGACCCCGUCGCCCAGGUUUCCUGGUUUAAAGAUGAGGUGGAGCUUUUUUGCAGAACUGGCCUCGAUAUGAAAAGAGAUGGCAGUCUGAGAAAAUUAACCAUCCAUUCCGCGAAGGUCUCCGACUCUGGCCUCUACAGUUGUAGCCUCGCUGAAGAUGUUGUGACAUUCCAUGUGGACGUCAAAGCCUCACCUGUGAGGUUCUCAGAGCGUCAAGAGAUCGCAAGAAACACAUUUGUUGAAGCCGGCUGCCCAAUGAAACCGCAGUGUGAAGUCUCAGAGCCAACUGCCCAGGUCUAUUGGCACAAGGAUGGAGAACAGCUUCUUCCAAAGAGUGAAUAUGAAAUCCAAAUCCCAGCAAAAGACAUGCUGAGAGCAUUGGUUAUUACACCCGCAGAAGUCAUCCACUCUGGUGUGCACAGCUGUGAGGCCGCAGAUGACCAUAUAGAAUUCAAGGUGGAUGUUGCAGCUGUUACAGAGGCUGAGCGGAGCAAAUCUGUUGAAGCAGGCAGCCUGAUCAGUCUGCAGCGUGAGAUCGCAGACCACACAGGCCAGACCGACAAGUGUGAGGACGGAAUAAAUCUCUCGCAAAAAUUGGGAACACACAUCGAGUCAGAGGGCAAUAUGAGGACACUGGCUGUGAAGUCGGACACGUCUUCAAGCUCUGGAGUGUACAGUUGUAAAACCAAUGAUGACUCGGGUUUCAACGAUUUCUAUGUGGAGGUGAAAGCACCACCAGUAACGUUUGCCGAUAUCCCAGAGGAGGACCUUUUCAAGAGUGUUGUGGAACAAGAACAGUUUGUUCUGUCAUGUGAGGUGUCGAGGGCCGAUGGCGUGGUCCAGUGGUACAAAGACGGAAUUGAAAUGCAACCAUGCGACAAUAUGACAACACAAGCAGAGGGCACCAAAAGGCAUCUGGCAGUCCAUUCAGCCCAACUGUCUGACACAGGCACAUACACAUGCCGUGCAGGAGACAAUGUUCUCAUGUACAAGGUUAAUAUACGAGAACCUCCGGUGUUGAUAAUCUACCCCAAGGAGGAUGUCAACCUUGACCGUCUUGUCCCUGAGGAAAUUAUUCUCAGCUGCGAAUUGUCUCGUCCAAAUGGUGUUGUCGGCUGGUACAAAGACGGGCAAAAGUUGCAAGAGAGCGAGAACAUCAAGCUCAAGAUUGAAGGCCCUUAUCGACGACUGAAGAUUAUUUCUAGUGGAGUGGAAGAUUCUGGAGAAUAUGUCUGUGAUACGGCGGACGCUUCAAUAUUCUUUCACCUCGGUAUUACAGAACCUCCAGUGCAGAUUGUUUCCCCAAGUCAGUCCCAAAUGGAGCUGUGCCAGCAGAGCUCUGAGAGGAUGGUUCUGAGCUGUGAGAUCUCAAGGCCCAAUGCAGUGGUGCGCUGGUAUCGAGACGGACUCGAAGUGGAGGAGAAUAACAACCUUAUUCUCGAGGUGGAUGGUGUCUACAGAAGACUUAUUAUACCAGAAACUACCGUCAAAGACUCCGCCGAAUACGUCUGUGACACUGCAGAUGACUCCAUGACAUUCUUUGUCAACAUAGCAGAGCCUCCUGUUCGUUUUGUACGCCCAAGGAAGAUGCCGGGUAGAGUCGACAAAGUGGCUGGGGAGACUCUCGUUCUCGAGUGUGAGGUUUCGAGAUCAAACGCAGAGGUCACCUGGAAGAAGAACGGGGAGGAAGUGGGAGACUCCAGAAAUAUCACCAUCCUUGAGGAUGGCCUCAUGCGUCAAUUAACUGUUCACUCACUGACAAUGGAAGACGCUGGGCAAUAUGUCUGCGAUGCAAAGGAUGAUGUGAUGGAUUUUCAUGUGAAAGUGCAAGAGUUGCCUGUAAAGAUUCUUGGAAAAACAGACUCGAAAACAGAAAAGCAGUUCUUACUAUCGGAUGACAUUAUUCUCGUGUGUGAGCUGUCAAGAUCCAACGCUUCAGUCAGUUGGUACAAGGAUAAUCAGCCCAUCGAUGACACCGAGCGGUACUGCAGCGAAGAACAAGGCGUUUUCAGAUCGCUGGUUGUCCUUAAUGCUGCGCUCGAAGACUCGGGAGAGUACACCUGUGAUGCAGUGGAUGAUAAGAUGGUCUUCUACAUCACGGUCAAAGAGCCUCAAGUACACAUCAUUGGAAACUCGGGCCACCCGGAGCAUCACAUCCUGGUUGCAGGAGAUGACCUUAUUUUGGAGUGCGAGGUUUCUCGGCCGAACGCCACAGUUCAGUGGUUAUGCAAUGGCGAAGUCUUGAAACCAGACACUCGUAUAAAAAUCGACAGCUACGAUGUUGUCAGGAAGCUUGUCCUCUCUGGACUUCGGCCCUCAGACUCUGGAAAAUACAUCUGUGAUGCCAUCGAUGACAAAUUGACAACAAUUGUGGAGGUCCAAGAGCCCCUGGUUAAGUUCGAAAAUAAAAAUGCAAAUAAUCGCCUCUCAGCCUAUGAAAAUGAGAGUGUUACAAUGUGUGCCAUUGUGAGCCGAGAAAGAGCCAACAUUCGAUGGCUGAAAGAUGGCCAACUGUUGACCGCGGACAACGUUCACAUCUCCAGUGAGGGUAAUACCCACAAGCUCACCAUUAAUCCCCUGCAGCUGUCAGAUUCUGGAGAAUACGUCUGUGACGUAAAGACAGAUGAGAUGUAUUUCAAUCUUUUAGUGAAAGAAAUGCGGGUGAAAUUUACCAGAACACUGGAGAGCAUUGCGUCUCUGAAGGGCAGUAACCUCAUAUUACGAUGCGAGGUCAACAAGCCCAAAGGAGACGUCCAGUGGAUGAAAAAUGGGCAAGAGAUCUCUCCGAGCCGUCGGCACACAAUCAGGGCACAAGGCCGAGAGCGAAGCUUUACCGUCCACCAACUAGUGGAAGAAGAUGCUGGAGAAUAUGCCUGUGAAUCCACCGAUGACAAGACUUCAGCUACUGUCACUGUAGAAACUCGCCGCGUCGUGGAGUUCAUAGCGGAGCUUCGUAACAUCGCGGUCUGCGAGGGAGAAGACGCCGUGUUUAAGUGCGUGGUUUCACCAGAGGACACCCGGCUGGUGUGGCGCUUGAAUGGCAAGCGAGUCACUCCGACUCAGCGCACUGUCAUCUCGAGUAACGGACUCUGCCACAUGCUGUGCAUCCACAACUGCGCGGUUUCAGAUGGUGGCAGAGUGACAGCCGAUGCGGAGGGUUCGGUAUCAAAGGCAGAACUCCAGAUUCAAGAACAUCAAGUGUUGUUUACCAAGAAAAUGACACCGGUCGUAGCUCAAGAGUACGGGGAGGUAACUCUCGAGGUGGAGGUGGGUCUGGAUUCGGGAGAAGUGCAGUGGAUGAGGCAAGGGGUACUGAUCCACCCUGGGCCCAAGAGUACCCUCAAACACAACGGCCGCAGCCACAGUCUCACCCUCCACAAACUGGCCAUAUCUGACCGGGGCACCUACAGCUGUGAAACCCUCCACGACCGCACGCAAGCCCAGCUCACGGUGGAGCCUCGAAAAAUCGGCAUCAUAAGAGGGAUGACUGAUAUCAAAACCACAGAGCGAGAAACGGCAUCUUUCGAGGUGGAGCUCUCCUAUCCCGAUGUCCCAGGAACCUGGAUGAGAAACGCGAUCAAGCUUAAGCCGAGCAAUCGCUUCCGUAUGAGUGCCAAGGGACAAGUCCACAGCCUCACCGUCUCUCACCUCUCAGUCGAAGACAGCGGCACCUUUACCUUCUGCGUAGAGAAUUUGAAGACGUCUGCCAGGCUGGUUGUGAAGGAGCCCCCAGUGACCAUUUUCAGAAAACUGGAGGACCAGAGAUUCCCCGAAGGGGCUGUAAUCUCUAUCGAGUGUGAGCUGUCGAGACACAGCGUCGGUGUGAAAUGGAUGAAGAAUGGGGUUGAGGUGAAGUCCAGCAAGGACUUGCGCAUUUAUGCAAUGGGAAGGAAACGGUAUCUUCAGAUCAUGAAAUGUAAAGUCAGUGAUUCUGGCAUGUACACCUGCGACGCUGGAGAUGUUUCGACAUGCUGCACUGUGGAGGUCUACGAGCGUGACCUGAUGAUCCUGCAGGGCCCGAAGGACCUGGACAUCCAGGAGGAUCAGAACGCGGUGUUUGUUUGCGAGCUCUCGGUGGAGGACAUGCCUGGACAGUGGUACAAAAAUGGGGAGAGAAUACAACCCACGAGCACCAUCAAGAUCCGGCAGGAAGGGACCAAACAUUUUCUCUUAAUGUGCAAUGUGAAAGCAGAGGACUCUGGAGAGAUCAAGUUUGUCUCCAGACAUAUUCAAUCUGUCGCUUACCUGGAGGUGGAAGAGCUUCCGGUGAACAUCGUGAAACCUCUGCAGGACACCACCGCCGUGGAGGAGAGCCGCGUGCUCCUCGACUGCACCGUGUCCAACCCCCGGUGCAGCAUCCGCUGGUACAAGGGCUGCAACGUCAUCCUGCCCUCCGAGCGCUUCGAGAUCUGCAGCGAGGGCUGCUCCCGGAAGCUGAUCCUCCAGCAGGUGGUGCUCGACGACGAGGGCAUGUACAGCGUGCAGGUCGGGGAGUACUCGUGCUCCGCCAAGCUGACGGUGGAGGCCCUGCCCCUGUCGAUGGUCAGAGAGCUGAAGGACGUGGAGGUCGUGGCCCCUGACGAAGCCCGCUUUGAAUGCGAGGUCUCGAGGUCCGUCCUCAGGGCCCCCGUGUGGAGUCUGAACGGGGAGCCGCUGCAGCAGAGCGCCCGGGUCCUCCUGGAGAAGAUGGACACGGUCCACAGGAUGACCUUCAGGCCGACCUGCCCGGACAUGAGUGGAGAGGUGGAGUUCACCUCCGGAAGACCAGCAGCAGAGCCCAGCUCCGGGUACGGAGUGAUCCCUGAGUGACAUCUUCUAUCCGUCCUCCCCCGAUUGGGUGGAUCUAUCCUACAGCUGUGUUUCAGCUGGAACGUGGACAUCGCUGAUGUAUUGACAAACAGUGCGUCUGUAAAAGUGGUUUAAACAGGGUUGAGAGUGAUUUUCAGGGAGUUUCUUUCAUUAAUGUGCUUUGAAGAAUUUGUCUUCCUGAAAUUUCCGUUCAUAUAAAAAGUUGUCAAAUUGCAGUUUGGAUGUAAAUAAUGACUAACCGUGUUGUGGAGGUUUAAGGCAGUGUGUAUUUACGCCAAUGAAUAUGGGAUUUGAAAGCAGUAGAGAUUAAACCAACAAGAAGUAAAAUGCAUGAUCUGAAAGAUAGGAGAAAGGGAAAGUGAAGAGUUGUAUAUAGACUCCAGUGCAAUCCACCCACAACACAUGGAUACAUGGCAGAGAGUCACAACUACAUCUCUUAACGGCCCACCUCGUGUUUUUCAGGCUGCAUACACACACAUUGAACCUGCGUGUGGCAUAGUGGUAUUUUUUUAUAGAGGAUACAUCAUGCUCAUUUCCAGGCUCACAUUGUACUUUGCGUUUCCACUGGAACGUGCUUCAAUAUUUUUUAAAAAGCAUCAAAUCGAUCGGCUUGCGAGAAAAAUGACACUUUUUUGUUGUUGCAGGUAGUUCUCAAGCCGUAGGAGGAGCUACUCAAAUAUGUUUAUUCCGAAGCGCCUGCAUGGCUUUGAGAAUCAUAUUUUUUAUGAUCUAGGUAGCCCACUAGUUCAGACUUGUUUAACUUACUGCUUACCUGCAGACUACAUGUGCUAGUUAUUAUUAUCUGAUUUGCACAUAUUAUAUUUUCCCCAUAUAUCAGAGCAUGGUUUUGUGACAGUGGUUCAGAUUAUUAGUCUGUUUUCAGUAUUGCCGCAAACAGUCGACGACUCGCAUCAAAUUUAGAUUCUGGAAUAGAUCAUCCAAGCAACGAUUCACUAUAUUGAACUUUUCAGUUAUCUUUUCACAAGUUGUCAAUUGUAUAGAAUUCCCUCUUUUUUUUAAAAACGUUUUGAUAAGUUUGAAUGAAGACAAUCCUGUCUUGCGUCAAGGGGCUUGUAAUGUAAAUACAUUGGGCCAAAAAUCAGGUAAUUUGGGAAAGAAAUAGUUUGAGAAAUUACUUGACGACCUCCAUUGAUAAUCAGGGCGCGCAAGUGUUAUCGUUGCGUGGGUGUUGUGUUUGAACUUAACAGAGAAUGAUAGUCCUGUUCACAUGAAUCGGUUCCAUAUUCCAUUUUUCCAUUUGACUCGUUUCCACCUCUGCCAUGUUGUGCCGCGCGUUCAGGUGGGAAAAAAAAGUACAGUUGUAAAAUAUGACAUGACAAUAAAACAUGCUUUAUUGACGCAAGGUGAAAAUAUC